UUGCUGGCCCGGCCAAUGUCUCACUCUAUAUUUGGCUAGUCGCAUCCAACAUAUUGCAUAUCUUGCCCUUUCAAAAUUCUCACUUUGCACGGCGCGUCUAUCACCGACGAGCUCUGUUAAUGGAAUCUAGUGUAACGUGCUAAAACGAACCCUCAUCCUUUUCCAUACGGUGUCCUUGCUGGAGCGACUCCUAGCAUGUGGUGUGCUCACUUUGAAUGCAGAAACCUCGUUCCUUAAUGUCGCGUUAUAUCGCGUAAUUUUACAUGUUACGUUUUCUUAUAACCGGUAAUAUUAAAAUAAUUUUCAUUAUUCGUUUAAUAUCACGGAAUAAAUAAUUAUUGUGAAUUCUGCUAAUCGCUAAAAGGAUAAAGUCUCGUGUGCUUAAGCUCAUCUAACGCACCCCUGGUGAGAGAAAUGGACGGAGAACGAUCGGCCCCUUGAAACUACUCCUGACUUCCAUCUGGACUCAUCUUUUGCUUUCGAGGCACGUGUACAUGAAUGGGGACAUUGGCAAGCUCCCACCAGGGGCGGUUUACACAGCCACCCCUGAAACACUCAGCAUGGUUGGAGGUGCUUCCGGUUUAGAUUACGGCGUCAUGAACGGUGGACCAAGUGGAGGUGAAUUAAUGCUCGACGCGGGUGUAGGCACCUUGGAACCUGCACCUCAACUUGCCAUGGGUAUGGGAGGUGCCGUUGGAUACAGUCCAGUAGAUAUCACUAAUAUUGGCGAAGUUUCCGCACCAACCAGUCAAAUGGCUGAUCUUUCCGUGUCGGGAAUACCUUUAGAACAACUUAAACAGAUGCUCUCGUCUCAACUCGAAUAUUACUUCUCCAGAGAGAAUUUAGCUAAUGAUACAUAUUUAUUAUCUCAAAUGGAUAAUGAUCAAUAUGUACCGAUAUGGACGGUAGCAAACUUUAAUCAAGUGAAAAAAUUGACGAAGGAUAUCAAAUUAAUAACUGAGGUGCUGCGAGAGUCUCCUAACGUUCAAGUAGACGAGGAGGGUCAAAAAGUCAGGCCCAAUCACAAACGUUGUAUAGUUAUCUUAAGAGAAAUUCCUGAUAACACCCCUUUAGAGGAUGUAAAGAAUUUAUUCUCAGGAGAAGGUUGUCCGAGGUUUAUUUCGUGUGAAUUUGCACAUAAUAGCUCCUGGUACGUUACUUUCGAGUCCGAUGAAGAUGCUCAAAAAGCCUAUAGGUUUCUACGUGAGGAAGUACGAGAGUUUCAGGGAAAGCCAAUUAUGGCGCGCAUCAAGGCUAAACCAAUGAACAGGCUACCGAUGCCAACAGUAUCAGGAGUUGGCGGAAUUAAGAAUGGAUAUCGAACUCCACCUCAACCACCGCCAGUCUAUGAUCCUGGAACUUAUCAACCAAGCCAGCAACGAUUUAUGUACACGAAUGGUACCACGAUGCCACAAACUACAAUGCCGCCAUAUGCCAAUCAAGUUCACGUCUACCAUCAACCGUUUUACCCAGCUGGAAUGGUGCCUUGGGGAGCAGCAAGUCCGGCUUAUUUCGAUGUCACGAGCAUGUUUACCAUGAAUGGAAUCACUCCUCACGCGACGUACAAACCACAUAACACAAGAUACAAUCAGAGGAACAGAAACAAACAAAGAAAUGGACCUGAAAGAGGAGGCGGAGGUAUGGGAGUAAAUAAUGUAAUGGUAGACGGAAGUUUAAGCAACGUUGGAGGUGGUGGUAAUAUGUCAAUGCCACGAAGUUCGCAUCCUCCAUUGAGCGGUGGACCUGUUCCGAUAGUAACAGCGACUCCUGUCUUAACACCAAGUUUACCCACAGCAAAACCAACAGCUUCCUCCUAUCAGGUUGGCACAAAAUUUCACGUCUCACAUUCAACAAAUAAUACGAUUGGCGAGGCACAAUAUGGUAGUAGCAGCGGCAGCAGUAGUCAUACAACAAAAGGAGGGUCACAGGAGAGCGAUGCUCAGACCACUCUUGAAACGACGAGCGCAGUACAAUUUACGCGUCAUCGCAUACAUCGCAGGACCAAAGAUCAAGAGACAAAUUCAAAAGCAAAUAACAGUAAUCAACAACCAUCUUCGAAUAGAGAUUCUGCUCCGGCCAGUAAUACGCAGCACAAUCGAGGGAUACAAUUUGAUUUAGAGGCAUCGGCAUUUCCACCACUUCCCGGCUUAGACGCCGAUCAUAAUAAAUCACAUAAUCCAACGACAGAAACAAUUGCCAAUGAAUGUUCGCAAUCGCAAAAUAGACUCGCGGACGUUGUUAAAGGUACGGCUAAAAUAAAAAGCACAAAGGAGAAAGAAUCGGGUAUCGCUCAACAAUUUAAUCAACAACAGCAUCAUGUGCAUCAUCAUCAUCAUCAGAUUAGUAACAGUAGUAGGUCGGCGAGUCCUGGUUCCUCUAAUCCAAUUGCCACCACUGUUGUUACAAUUACUGCUGUUCCUCCUAUUGCUUCUUCAACUGGUGGUGGUCAUGGUUCUACGCAGGAGAAUGCUGGACAAAGUAAUUCGUCUUCAGUUUCCGGCACGGCUCCAUCAUUGAACUCCAAUACAUCGGCAAGCAGCGCCGAAGUUACAGACAAUGCUCUGAGCACCAUCACUCCUCUAUCUCCCCCGUCAUCUCCCGAUAAAUCUAUAAAGACUGAUGACUCGAACUUGAUGAAUGGUGUGGAUGAGGCCAUAAGUACAAAUGCACAAGCAGCAGAAGAGUCCGAACCAGUGACCAGGUGCGAUUGUGACAUCCCUACUGCCACCCAGAAUAUCCAGUCGCAAUCUGGAGUGGCCUCUGCCUUUCCUUUAGAUCUUACCAGGCCAAGUUAUGCCCAAGUAGCCCAACAUUGUCGCGAACUACCAUGUACAAAACACAAAGCAGAUGAAAGGGAUGGAAAUGCGUAAGCCGAUAUGUAAGUAAGCUGCUCAUUCAUAAUGUCCUUCCUCUGAUCAAUUGUUCGUAGCUUCUAAAGAGAAAAAAAAAAACAAAAAAAAAAAUUUAAAAAAAAACAAAAACAACCGAUUACGUUGAUGACUUGAGAAUAAUCACCUAAUAGAUCGAUCCAAAAAAAAAGAAUUUCUCCAAAUUUUCCCCCCCUCAUCAAAGGAAAAGCGAUUAAUGAAAUUUUUUUUUUUGCGUUUAUUUAAUAUAAAUAAAUGGAACGAUCUUUUGCGUUGUUAUUCUUAAGAAAUAAAAGAGAAAGAACGAGAAAAAUGUUAAAGUACAUAUUUCUGAUUGAAUGUUAUCAAUGUGUAGUAUUCAUACGAAAAAACAAAAUACUACUGCGAUCAAUUUGAAUAUAUUUAGCAGUUACCAUUCAUUUGAAAUUGAGUGGAUUGUUUAUCUGCUUAAAAAUGCUAUAACAAAACAAAAAUAAUAAUAAUAAAAAGAGAAAAAAAAAAGUGGGCACGAAAAACUCUUUUUACAUAAUUGUACAGUGACUUCGCCUACAUAAUGAAUGUGGUAUUGGUUGACAAAAAGUAUGAUGAAAGCAAAAAAAAAAAAAAAUCAUUUUUAUUUCACGAGACAGUAAUCACAAUCCCCCUCCCAAUCCAUACCCCCCCCCCACCCCCAAUUUUACUUUUAAAAAAUGAGAAUAUGAUUGCUGGCAGGAUAAUACACUAUCUAAUGGGAGAGUAUUGUUAUUGCUUUGGUUCUGUGAUUUUGGAGGUACAUAUUUGUUAGCUUGUAAAAAAAAAAAAUGUUAAACUAAGGUGUUAAUCUUUUUAAUUCCUUUUUCUCCUACCUACUUAUAUCAUAGUGCAGAGCCGUAACUGGGGAAAAAAAAAAUCUUUGUAUUUGUGCCAAACCCUGCUAUUUACACACAUACACACACAUAUAUAUAUAUACACAAUUACACAAAGACAACGUAGUCGAAAACGUUUGUUUUGUUUGUUUUUCUUUUUUUUCUUUUUUUUUUUUUCUUACUAUAAUUCGGAUAUACUGAUUUUUCCAGAAUAUUGGUCACGAGAAUCGAAAUCAAAUUUUGCAUCUACGAAACCAUAUUCGUUAAAGAGGUUCUUUUUUUUGUGUCUCUUUUUUUACGCUUACUAUGCGAGAAACAAAAAUAAUAAACGCAUCUUGUAUAUAAAAUGAUUGUGUCAAGAAGAAUAAUAUAAAAAGCGAUUAAGAAAAUCGAUGCGAAUUUAGUCUUUAGGAAAUUGGCUAAAAAGAUUGUGAAUUUAGACUAUAGUUUUAAAUAUAUAUUUUUUUUUUCUUUUUGUUAACAUUUUUGACUUUUUGAUUGUACUGCCUAAGUAAUUAAGCAAAAACAAUUAAAUGAUCUUAAUAUUUUAUUUUGUAUUUUUACCAUUUUUUUUUUUUUUUUUUUUCAUUUUUUUAAGGGUUGCAAAAGUCAUGAAUUUUUUUUUUUUUGUAUUAAAUUGGCCAUUCAAUUUUUCAAAGAAAAUAUAUUUUUUUUUUUUGUAUUUAUAUCUUUAACUUUUAAGAGAAAAUAGUUGGUUUUUUUUUUCUUCUCACCAUUGACAUGCCUUAAAUAUUUAUAAAUAUAUAAAUAAAUAUAUAUAUUAUAUAUAAUUCGGUGGCCAUAUUAUAGUGUGGAUCAAAAUGAUGGGGAGGGAUGGGGACGGGGAAAAUAAAUUUUAUCGCUUAGAUAAUGUACUAUAUAAUUCCUAGUGUAAAGUUUGUAUAAUUAAAUAAAAUGUAAAAAACAACAACAACAAUGAUUAAGAUCGUUGCAAAAAAAAAGCAAGUUCCAAAAUGUAUUAUUCUACAAUUAUAAUGUUCUAAGUAAUAUACUAGUCUUUACUAGAAGCUUUAAAAACGGUAAAUUUCACGGGAAACGGUAUAAAAAAAAUAAAAUAAAAUAAAAAAAAGGGAAAAAGCGGUCACCAUUACAUCAAAUCGUUAUCGGUAUUCUGGAAAAAUUUCUUCUUCUCUUUCACAACUUGUUAUUUCCCGAAUUGAGAUCUAUAAUUAAUUAUUAUCAUUAUUAUUAUUAUUAUCAUUAUUAUUACUAUUAUUAUUAUUAUUAUUAUUAUUAUUAUUAUUAUUAUUAUUAAUAUUAUUUCCGUUUGUAUACCUAAUUACGGCACUGACAAUUUUUAAAAUAUAAUUGUUACAAGAGAUAACAUACAAUAGAAAAAUCUGCUUUGGCAAGUAACAUAAGACAUGUGAGGAAAAUGGUAUUUGAGCACACAAUUAAGUGCCUCAAGUGUUGUGAAAUAUUACAGGAGCUUGGCUUUAGAUGUUAUGUAAUUACAUGUAUCUAUACAUUAUAAUAAAGAGCGCAUAUGAUAUAUUUGUUACUGAUAUGCGUGCAGAAUUGAGGUAAUGGAUGCUAAAAAAAAUUAAAUAAUUAAAUAAAAACCAAUCUCCUGAACUAUAAAAAAAAAAGAUUUAUUGACAUAUGUAAUUAUAUUGUAAGUUAGCAAUGCUGCCUUUUAAAUUUUUUUUUUUUACAUUUUCAAAGCGGUUCAAUUAUUGCAAUUGUUAUGGAAAUGUGUUGUCAGGAAAUCGAUUGUCGAUUGUAAUCUAAUUAAUAUAUAUAUAUAUAUAUUCAAUUAUUUGAGUUUAUUGCGUUGGUGCUGUAGGCUGUUUAAUAAUCUUUAGUCGAUUUCAUAUACCCUUGACCGAUUUUUUUUUUUUUUUUUUUUUUUUAUAUAUAUUAGUGAAAAUAUAUACUAUUUUCACUCCCGGGCCGAAUAAAUUGCUUUUACAUACGACAAUAUAUGUAUUUUAAUAAAAAAAAAAAGAAAUAAUGAAUGAAAAGAAAACAAAUUUUGCUAAAAAAAAAAUAAGGACGAAUUGUGCAUUCUUCUUUUUUUUUGUAUAAAUUAUGACUUGCUUUAUUGGUACGAAAUUUAAUUGACAAAAAAAAAAAAAAAGAAUUUUAAAUCUUUAAUAAAAUUAUAUUAGAGACGGUUAUAAAAUUUUUGAAUACAAGAUAUUUUAUUGAAAUUUCAAAACAAUUAGAAAUUCAAAAAAUUUAAAAUAUUUUAUUUCUUUUUUAUUGGUGAUUUAAUUUAAUGAAAAGUUAAUUUUGCAUGAAAAAUUAUUUUUGAGGGAAUGUUUAAUUUGGUUUUAUAAAAAAAUAUUUUAAUUUUGUUUUAGGGGAAAAACAAUUGUGCAUUUAAAAAAAAAAAAAAGUUAUUUCUUUUAUCGAAUUUUAAUAAUGUAAAUAAUUUUUUCGUAAUAGUAAUUAAAUAAUUGAGAAAAAAGAAAUCAAUUUUUUUUUUUAGGGAAAAUUCCCUUUUUUCGUUUUUAAAUAUAUUUAAACUAUUUUUCAAAUAUUUUCAAUAAUAAUUUACCAUAUUUUUUGUACAAUCAUUUAUUAGAAUAGGUUUUUUUUCCAAAAAUUAAUAUUAUAAGAAUAAAUAAUAUAUUUUUUUUUAUGAAAAAUAAACAUUUUUUUUUUCUAUUUGUCAGAAUCGCCGAUAAAAAAAAAUAGUGAAUGAAAAUAAUUUUAAAUUUUGAUUUUUUAAUUUAAAAUAAAAAUGAUAAUUGGAUUGAAAAAGUGAAAUAAAAUUUAUUUAGUUUUUUUUUUCUUUGUCAUUUACAUUUACCAAUAAAGUGAGUCUGCUAAUGCACAUGACUUCUGAAUGAAAAAAAAAAAAUAGUUUUAAUUUAUCGAAUGCGUAUGAAUAUAAGGUAACUGUGCCGCACAUACCGUUAUUUUACACAUCGCUUCCAAGACGAUUAUAAAUUAAGAGGAUCCAAUAUAUCCUAGCGAAUUUUCUCUCAAUUUAUUAAUUAUUAUACUGUUCUCUGACGAAAGUGAAAGAUUCGAAAAGAUUUAAUUCUUUUCUUUUUUUUCCAAUUAAAUAUCUUUAUAAUCAACAUAAUUACAUCGUUGUUAUAGACGAGUCGAGAAAAAAAAUAUUGAUAACAUGGCAGCAGUUGCGUUAUAGAUAUGUAACUAUGUAAUAAAUAAUAAUAAUAAUAAAAAAUAAAAAAAAAAAAAAAAAAAACGAUAUUUACAAAACGAUGAAAAACCAAAUAUCUUAAAUCACAUAAAAUUAACGUGAGAUUUGACAACGCUUCCGAUUAUAUUCUCACGUCUUUUCUCUUUUUUCUCGAAUAAAAUAUUCGAUAAAUUACCGAAAUUGAUGAUUUAAUUAAUAAUUAAUAUUCGAGUUUGACGAAGCAAAAAGAAAUAUUGAAAAAAAGAGAGAAAAUAUUGUGAUUCAAGAUAUUGGUUAUUGAGAGAUAUGAAAUUGUCAAAAAAAAAAAAAAAAAAAAAGUAUGAGCAGAGUGGACAAAAAAAAACGUAUUAUCAGAAAAAUUUAUCUCUACAUGGUCCAUCAAACAUUGUGGUUGGUAAAUAAUUAGUUAAGUCAGUAAACUGUGAUUAGACUUAAAAGAAAAGCCCCCACAAAAAAAAAGAAAAUACACAACGUAAUGUAUACUCUGUUUCAUUAGGCCCCACGAGAGCCUUAGAAAGUCUGAUUUUUUUAAAACAACAACAAAUUGAGGGUGUGUACUAUAAAAAUAUGGUCUACAAAAAUAUUUGUUUAUAAGUAAAGCGAAAGAUUUCAAAAUUAAACAUUAAUCACUGUUA